AUGUGGUGUGAAGAUGGCUGGACUGUAACCCACAGACGUACUGGACCUGAGCUGUCAUUUCACCGCACGUGGGCAGAGUACCGAGAUGGAUUUGGAGACAUUUCUGGUGACCACUGGCUUGGAAAUGAGAUUGUCCAUCUUAUGACCUACAAUAAGACGUACAAACUAAGACUUGAGUUUGAAUCCUAUAACAAUAACUCGUACUGGGUUGAGUACGAUGACUUUUAUUUGUCCCCUGAAAGUGACAACUACACAUUAUAUCUAAACGAUACUAGCUUCGUUGGCAACGUAUCUGAAGAUAGUAUGAUAAAUCAUUACGACCAUCAGUUUACCACACACGACAGAGACAAUGACCGCAGUGGACAAAACUGUGCAAUUUUGUACCAAGGUGGAUGGUGGUUUUACCACUGUGCAGACGCCGUCCUUACUGCAUGGUACCCUGAUGAUCCGACAUGUACCACCUUCCCAGCUCGAUGCUUCAAAUAUGCCGGGAUUACGGGUGUUAAUUGUGAUACUGGUUGCUUGCUGAAACAAGGAACAAUGAAAAUCAAGGCAACUGGAUAA